GGGAGGGAAAGAGGAAAUGGAUUAAUGUGUGCCUGCUCCAAGGACGAGCCCACUUCUUUCAGGAGAGCCACAGCUGGAGCACUGCUCUCUGACACCUCCUCUGUCUCACCUGCUAUCAAGAACCCAGGACAAGACCAUGGACAGUUCGAACGGCAGCCUGUACUCUAACGACACGCCGUGGUUCAUCCUGGAGUGCACCCUGCACCUGGACCGAGACACGCGUCGCAUCGCCCUGUUCAUGCUCUACCUGCUGCUCUUCAUGGUGGGCCUGGCGGAGAACAGCCUGGUGCUCUGGGUCAACUGGAGGAGGCGGCGGUCCGCCAGCCCCGUGCUCUUCUGCGUGCUCAACGUCACCGUCUCCGACAGCAUGGUGGUGCUGGUCAUGCCCUUCUUCAUGCUGGAGGUGAUGAUGGACAAGGUGUGGCUCUGGGGCCGCUUCCUGUGCAAGGUCACGCACCUGGUCUACCUGGUCAACUUCUACAGCAGCUCCAUCUUCCUGGCCUGGCUGACGCUGGAGCGCUACUGGGCGCUGACGCGGCCGCCCGCGCCGGCCGGGGACCAGGGCGAGAAGCGGCGGAGGGCGCUGGUCUGCGGCGGGCUCUGGGUCUUCGCCCUGUUCCUGGCCCUGCUGGAGAACGUCCACGUGGACCUCCUGGAGUGGAACGAGCCGGGCUGCUACUUGAUGCCGUCCUACAGCCACAUGGAGUGGUUCACCUCCCUCACCUUCCUGUGCCUGCUCUUCCAGUUCCUGGGCCCGGCGGGCGUCAUCAUCACCUGUAACGUGCUGAUGGCGCGCGCCGCCCAGUCCGCGCCCGACGUGCGGGGCGGCACCGGCCAGGUGUGGCUGCUGCACCUGUACUCGGCCGUGUUCCUGGCCUGCUGGCUGCCCUACCACCUGGUGCUGUUCCUGAUGAUGGUGGACGACCUGGACCCGCGGCUGCUCAGCUGCAACGCGGUGGAGGUGCUGUACUUCUCCUUCAGCGUGGUGCAGGCGGUGUCGCUGGCCCACUGCGUGGCCAACCCCAUCCUCUACAACUUCCUCAGCAAGGGCUUCCGCGGCCACCUGGUGAACGCCGUGCUGGAACGCCUCCCGCCAGCCCAGGACCCCGCAGGCUUGCGGGGCGGGACCGGAGGGGAGGCCGGGGGCAGGCCGGGCAAGGUGCGCAAGCUGAGUGACAGCAGCACCAGCCACUCGGACGUGCCCUCCUAGGAGGGCCGCCGCCCCGGGGGGGGGGAGGAGCCGCUGUGACCACUCUCCGUUUGCCGAGGAAACUGAGAAACGUUUCAGUCGUACGCCACAGUCCGCCUGACCCCUCCCCCCUAUCCAAUCCCUCGCCCCCCAGGCCCUC